GUCUCCCCAGGCAUCUCCACCGACUUUGACGCGGACACGGGAUACGUGCGAGAGCCGACUCUCCUCGCCAAGUUCAUUGGCCCCUCCUACAACCUGACCGCAUUCGGCAACGCAGGGGGAGGGAAGGCGGAGAUCGGGAUCGAGCAGAGGAUCACAAGCAGCUUGAGAGCGCAUGCUGGACUUGCGUGCAGUGGCAGCUCUUUGAAGAGCGGGAACUCAGUAGUUGUAGCUCUUCAGCAGCGUUGGAACGCCAGUAAAGUGAACAUGAGGAUGGACAGCAGCUCUCAGUCGGUGACAGCGUCAGGAGCGCUUAGAGGCGUCAUUCCUAACGUGAUGCUCUUUGGGUCUAUGAAGGUCGACAGCUCUCUCAAGUGCGUCUUCGGGUUCAACGCCAAGGUCGUGGUCUGA